CAAACGACACAGGUAGUCGCAAGCAUCGGAAAGCGCAAUGUGGUUUGUUUUCUACGUUCUCGUUUCAAUAUUUAUGAAUAUUAAAGUCGCUUCUCGACAGUCCACUGAAGUGAAAUUAUUUUUCUAUACCCCUGACUUCCCACAGGGUAUCGAUAUAUCGAGCCAUGGUUCACUAUCGCAAUACAAGCCGCAAAAAGUGCUGAAAGUGCUGAUUCACGGUUGGAACGCCGAUCGUAACCAGAUUGCGAUGGUGCCGGUACGGAACGCGUAUGCAGUGCAAAAUGAGCAUAACAUUCUCUUAGCAGAUUGGGCAAAUGCUAGCUCCACGAGUUACGGCCAGGAGAGACAAAUGGUUCGUUUCUUGGGUUUCGAAAUCGGAUCAAUUCUGUCGGAGUUUAUGCAGAGGAUGAGCAUUGAGCACGGACAAGUGCAUGUGAUUGGACAUAGUCUUGGAGCGCAUAUUGCCGGCAACGUUGGCAAGUUCUUUCAGGGUAAAUUAGGAAGGAUAACCGCCUUGGAUCCAGCGGGUCCCCUGUUCGCCAGGUUAUCGAUAGAUGCCGUCCGCGAAUCGGACGCUAAAUUUGUGGAUGCCAUUCACACAGAUGGACUUGCCUUGGGAGAACUUACAGCGCGCGCUCAUGCGGACUUUUAUCCAAAUCGAGGGAUUCCACCCCAGCCAGGAUGCCAACUUUUAGACGUUGUAUCUUUGAAUGCGUGUAGUCACUACCGAUCGACUGGAUUUUUCGCGGAGUCCAUCCUAUUGCCAAACAAUUUUAUUGCCUAUGGGUGUGCGUUUGAGGAUAUUUUCGACUCAACAGAACCUUGCAAACACGUCGAGAGUGGAGCGAAGAAAAUGGUUGCCAUGGGAGAAUUUGUACCGCAAAAAGCACGAGGAACAUUCUAUUUAAGAACGUCCAAUCUGCCUCCGUAUGGAUUAGGAAACAGCACAAUGAAAACGAACGGUUAUAACACCGCAAUCAUUUCAAUUCAAACCAGAGCAUGCCAGUUCUCGAAUAUACUGACACUUAAUAGAGCGAUGGGACUUCGAGUAUGCGAUGCGUUUUUGACCUUGAUGUGAAGUAAUAGAAGUAAAGAAGCAGUUGAAUAUAAUUAUUAUCAUUAUAUUGUUUAUAUUUUCGAUUUCAUAAUCAGAAAUGCAAUCAUUAUAUCACAUAUUAGACAGGUAUAAUAAAAUGUUCGCCCAUAAUUGCAAGGGAAAAUACAAUUUGAGAGUUGA